CUGUAUCAAUCAGUCUUAGGCUAACCUCUCAUAAUUUGUCAUCUCGGUACUUCCCCCACCAGGAUACUCCCCCCCUUACGUCAUUACUGUCUAUGUCGCCUUCUCGGGGCUAGGUCGUGCACGCCCUAAAUGCCUUAUCGAUAAGAGUCACCGUGGUGAUUCUGCAACUUUUUCACGAGCCAUGGUCGAACUCCUCUUUCCUCUCUCUCUCAAACCACGCCCAAUAUGACCCGUUCUGCCGUUAUCAGUCGUUCCACUAACGAAACAAAGAUCCAGAUCGCCCUUGCGCUUGAUGGAGGCCCGCUCACGCUUACACAGUCCAUCUUCCAGGACAAGGCGUAUAAUCACGACGGACCAGCUGCCCAGGCCACCAGCGCCCAGGUGAUUGAUGUCAACUCGGGGAUCGGUUUCCUCGACCACAUGCUUCACGCGCUUGCGAAGCACGCGGGCUGGUCGCUCAUUGUUGAGUGCAUUGGUGACCUCCAUAUUGACGACCACCACACCGCAGAGGACGUGGGUAUUGCGCUUGGGCAGACGUUCUACCAGGCGUUGGGCCAGGUUAAGGGGGUGAAGCGUUUUGGGAGCGGGUUUGCUCCGUUGGACGAAGCACUCAGCAGAGCGGUAGUUGACUUGUCAAACCGUCCGUUCGCGGUCAUCGAGCUCGGCUUGAAGCGUGAAAUGCUCGGCCAGUUGAGCUGCGAAAUGAUUCCGCACGUGAUGGAGAGUUUCGCACAGGGCGCGCACAUCACCAUGCAUGUGGACUGCUUGCGCGGCACGAACGAUCACCACCGCGCGGAGAGUGCGUUCAAGGCUUUGGCCGUCGCUAUCAAGGAGGCCACCAGUAGCAAUGGCACCAACGACGUGCCCUCUACUAAAGGGGUAUUGUUUUAGGGAGCAUCCAGGGAUUCUUUAGAGAGCUAUUUAUUCCGUCGGUUACGGCGAUAAUGUAUAUAACCAGCAGACAGCUUUAAAAAAAACGCAUCAAUUCAAGGCUUGGCCA